AUGGAUUCGUAUCUCAACGUCGUCAAGGAAGCUUUCGGCAGUCUCGCCAUCUCCAACAUGAAGCGUGACUGUGCCAAUCUGCUCGCGCGCCUGCUCUGUGGCUCCGCCGCGGCGGAAGGUGGAAGAUGGGGAUGCGCGGCCGAAGCGUUCAAUAGUGCCGUUCUCGGGAACGAGAUGAAGAGCGUGGAUUGUGGUACCAAACUUGCCAAUGACAAGGAGCGCAGGAGCGGUGGACGGGUGAAUGCGUUUAUCAGACGGGAAAGCAUGGUUAGUCAUGAAAGAACCCUAGGAGUAGCGUCCAGACAUCUAUCAACCGGCCGGGAUUAA